UCGGGGUGGGCGGAGCGUGCGCUGCCUUUGGACCAGUCCUCGUCGGCUGCAUCCUCGGAGGGACGCGCAGCAUCCUUCCUCCUUCCUCGGCGGAGCAUCCCAGGCAGGCCUCGGGGCCUCCUCCGCCGCCCGCCAUGGCCGAGAUCGCCAGCAUCCAGCACGGCGGCUUCGAUGUUUCUCCAAUUGUGGCUGGCCUCAUUGGGGCCACUGUCUUGGUCGUCUCGGUCUCAGUGACCGUGUUUGUGUGGACGUGUUGCCACCAGCAAGCCGAGAAGAAGCACAAGACGCCCCCCUACAAGUUCAUCCAUAUGCUUAAGGGCAUCAGCAUCUACCCGGAGACCCUGAGCAACAAAAAGAAAAUCAUACGGAUCAGGCGAGACAAGACGGGUGCCGCCAGGAAAGAUGGAAGCGGCAGCCUUUCGGGGGAUGAGGCUGAAGCUGGGCUGGCGGGUGCAGAAAAACUCUCAGGAGGUUUCAGCGCGCCUCCCUGCGUCAAACAGCUUCCCAUCAAAGUUGAUUAUGGAGAAGGGCUGAGCCCGGCCCAAAGCUUGACCCCGGCAGGGAGCAAAACACCCUCUCCAUCUUCCCCCGAAGAGGAGGUCAUGCUCGGGGUAUUGACUUUCUCGGUGGACUACAACUUCCCAAAGAAGGCCUUGGUGGUGACCAUCCAGGAAGCCCACGGCUUGCCCGUCAUGGACGAGCAGAACCAGGGGUCGGACCCCUACAUUAAGAUGACAAUCCUGCCAGACAAGAGGCACCGGGUGAAGACCCGCGUCCUCCGCAAGACCCUGGACCCUGUCUUUGACGAGACCUUUACCUUCUAUGGCAUUCCCUACAGCCAGCUCCAGGACCUGGUGCUGCACUUCCUCGUGCUGAGCUUCGACCGCUUUUCCCGAGACGACGUCAUCGGGGAGGUGAUGGUGCCGCUGGCUGGGGUGGACCCCAGCACCGGGAAGGUCCACUUGACCCGGGAGAUCAUCAAAAGGAACAUACAGAAAUGUGUCAGCCGAGGGGAGCUGCAGGUGUCCUUGUCCUACCAGCCGGUGGCCCAGAGGAUGACGGUGGUGGUGUUGAAGGCAAAGCAUCUGCCCAAGAUGGACAUCACUGGCCUCUCAGGUAAUCCCUACGUCAAGGUGAACGUCUACUACGGUAGGAAGCGGAUCGCGAAGAAGAAGACCCACGUCAAGAAGUGCACUUUGAACCCCGUCUUCAACGAGUCCUUCAUUUACGACAUCCCCACCGAGCUACUCCCCGACAUCAGCAUCGAGUUCCUGGUCAUCGACUUUGACCGGACCACCAAGAACGAAGUGGUGGGGCGGCUGAUCCUGGGCGCGCACAGCGUCACGGCAGGCGGUGCGGAACACUGGCGGGAAGUGUGCGAGAGCCCCCGGAAGCAGGUCGCCAAGUGGCACAGCUUGAGCGAGUAUUAGCAGGGUAAGCUGAGGGCCCGCCCGAGGGGCCCCUUGGCGUACGUACAGACUCUUGACCCCCCCCCCCUUGACCCCAAUCCCCUCCAGUUUUAGUCAUAGAGUUAAAAGUUUCUGUAAGGAGCCGCCAAUCCGUUUUCUCUAGUGACGUUAACUUUUGCAGGGCACAUAAAUAACACUAUAAUAAAGUUCAAAAAAAUAAAAUAAUCCUACAAGGAAAAAAAGCAUUAAUUUUAAUAAUAUCACAAAAUACGUAUGUUAUCAAAACAGUGUAACUGCACUAUUUGCAUGCCGAAUACAAACAUUUUUUUAAAAAGAAAAGCAGAAAAAAAUGUAGUCUAACUUACCAAUAUCGAGGUACCGUUUUGAAUAUGAUUUUCUCUUGUCACGAUGGAAGUUGUGUUUUGUGCUGAACUGUCUGUGUCGGUCUUCACCACAACUGGCUUCUUCAGCUUCUCUUCCAACUUUUCCCCUUUUCUUUCAAAAUACAAAACGAGAACAUUCUGGUGUCAGUUCGCUGGUUCCUUGUUCAACUUCCCCAACUCUCUCCCUUGCCGGUUUUGUGACUUCAGUGAAUGCAUUUCCUUGGUACAUUUGGCAAUGUUUUUGAUGCACCUGGGGCAGACAGAUAUUUGGGAAGAAAAGGCAUUUAUGGGAACCAGGGCUGGAAACAAGGACCUGAGACUAAUAGUUUUGAAAUGCCUCUUACUGGUGCUGCAGCAACCGAAAACAAGUAUAAUCACAUUGUGUUGUCGAAGGCUUUCAUGGCCGGAAUCACUGGGUUGUUGUGAGUUUUCUGGGCUGUCUGGCCUUGUUCCAAAAGGAUUCUCUCCUGACGUCUUGCCCACAUCUAUAGCACACAUUGUAAGAGGUUGUGAGGUCUGCUGGAAACUAGACAACGGGUGUAUAUAUUUCUGAAACUUGGGUUACUGUCAGUUUUCCAGGCUGUCUGGCUAUGUCCCAGAAGCAUUCUCUCCUGAUGUUUCACCCAUAUCUAUGGCAGGCAUCCUUAGAGGUUAUGAGGUCUUUUGGAAAACUAAGCAAGUGGGUUUAUAUAUCUGGAAAGUCCAUGGAGAAAUACCUUUUGUCUGUUGGAGGCAAGUGUGAAUGGUGAAACCACUGAAAUCCACAAGCAUGUGGACAAUUUCAACAGAAAGGAGGGAACCAUGAAAAUAACAAAUACUGGCUCCCAGUAUUUAAAAAAAAUUCUAAAAUCAGGAUUGUAAAUAAAGAACACUCAGAAAACGGGAAUUCCAGACAGGAAUCAAUCAGGGCCAGCUAACACCUCCCAACAAAGGAUUCCCCCAGGCAGGAAGCAGCUACAAGGACAUUCAAUCCUAAUCAUGGUGGCCAAUAGCAAGAUUCACACUUGCCUCCAACAGAUCAGAGUUUUUCUCCCACCCUGGACAUCAUUCCACGGGGAUAUACAGUAGAGUCUCACUUAUCCAAGCUUCACUUAUCCAAGGUUCUGUAUUAUCCAAGGCAGGCUGCCUUUUAGUAGUCAAUGUUUUUGUAGUAAAUGUUGCAAUGUUUUGGUGCUAAAUUCGUAAAUACAGUAAUUACUACAUAAUAUUACUGUGUAUUGAACUGCUUUUUCUGUCAAUUUCUUGUAAAACAUGAUGUUUUGGUGCUUAAUUUGUGAAAUCAUAAUGUAAUUUUAUGUUUAAUAGGCUUUUUUCUGAAUCCCUCCUUAUUAUUCAAGAUUUUCGCUUAUCCAGUGUUCUGCCGGCCCGUUUAUCUUGGUUAAAUGAGAUUCUACUGUAUAUAAACCCUACUUAGCUAGCUUCCAACAGACCUCACAACCUCUGAGGAUGCCUGCCAGAGGUGUGGGCAAAAUGUCAGGAAAGAAUGUUUCUUGAAAACAUGGUCAUAAAGCCCGGAAAACUCACAGCAACCCAGAGGUUUCUUAAUUAUUCACUUUAAAAUAAAACCACACACAUUUACAAUCUCUCUCUGCAAGUCAUAAUAAAAAAAUAGGAAGUUGUCAAGGAAAUGUGCUCAGGGUAAAAAUAAACUUUUUGCUGGGGGGGGCAGUGGCUUUUGGGUUUUUGUUUGACUCCAGUUCCCAUCAUCCUUGGCUAGCUGUGCCCAGUGGAUUGAAGGGAGCCAUAGUGAAGCAAUGCCUCGAGAACCACGAGUUCUUUGUCCUUGACCUAUCUUGAAAAGGUUUGUUCGGAAUAAUGGGUAAAUAAAGAGGGCCAGGUAACAUUUUUUAAAAAAAGAUACAUACAUAGAUAGUGUGUGUGAAAUGAUCAUCCAUGAUAGCUGCCUCACAGUGAAAUCUGCCAGACGUGGAUCAUUAUUUUUUAAUUUGUAAUUGGUUUCUUUCUCUUUCUUCCUUAAAAACAAAAAAAAAAUAACCCUAAACCUUGGAAAAGUUACAACUUGGUGUCAAAACAAAAGCUAAAAAGUCAGAAAAAAAUAAUAACUCGGACUGUGUACAACUGCAUAACGCUGUAAUGCUAACCUAACCAAUAUGUAAUGCUAUCUGUAAUGUUAUAACAUUGUUUUAACGCACACGGGGCGUUCCAAUAAAGAUGGAGUCACUUUAAAUUUCA